UUCUUGUCUAGGUACUAGUACAUCAAAAGUUGAUGUUCUAGGCUUAUGUUUUUUACUCUUCAUAAUCGUGUCUGUUAUCGUAUGUUUGCAUAUAGGCUGACGUAUUACAAUUUUGAUUGAGCGAUGAAACCAAAGUGUUUUAGCAAGCAUACAGGUGAAAAGAAGGAGUUACCUUUUGACUGUUUCGCUGAUUGUUCACAGAAACGGCCUCGUUCAUAGAGUGCAUCUUACUGCUUUAUAAUCACAUAGAGAAGUGUUUGUAUUUAAUCAUUAGCACUGAUAGUGAAAAAGCAGUUAGUUAAUAUUUAGCAUUAAUUAUUUUCCUUAAUUUAUAUAGUUAUAUUUUUUUGGAUUUGAAUAAAAGUGAUAGGAAAAUAUAUCAAAAAUGAAAACAAAUGGAAUUUUAUUGUGUGUAUCUGUUCUGGCAGUUUUCAUAGUAAGGACCUUUGCGCAAUCGAGAGGCGAUCAAGAGAACGACAAUGCCAAAUAUAUCGAUGAGGCUGUUCAGAUCGUUAGCACUGUUUUUCACAAAUACAAACCCGAAGUACCUCCCAGAAAACAUUAUCCUGACCCAGUUUUGCUGAGUGUGAAUUUAAAUGUGUUGCACAUAUCAAGUCUUGACAUUGUUGCUCAAACAUUGGAAUCAACAGUUGAACUUGAAGUUAAUUGGAAUGACACCCGACUGUCUUGGUAUCCACUUGUUGUCAAGGAAAUAACUGUGGACGAGAAAAAGAUUUGGACUCCAUCUCUACAUAUUUCAAAUGUGGCUGGAGAGCAGAAAGAAGUCGACAGUCCUAAAUUUGUUAUCAAGAGCAACGGGAGAAUCUAUAUGCAUCGACGUUUGCAAGUUAAGACUUUCUGUGAAACAAAUCUCACGUCAUCCGUUGUAGAUUGUGAUAUAAUUUUGGGUUCAAACCUUCUAAAUGAAAAAAUCAUUAAUUUUGACAUGAACAAUUCAGCAUGUAUGCUAUCAAGAACUGCUCAUUCGAUUCAAGCUUCGAUCGGCGAACCAAACCUUCGACUUGUCGAACGGCCAAUGUUAAAGGCCGACGCAACGUUUCCAGAAUUUGUAUGUAGUUUAAAUAUUGAGGAUUCGAAGUGCUGCAAAGGCACCACAAAAGGAAUGUUAAGCUCUGAUAAUAACGCAGCUGCUGGGAUACCACUUACUUCAUAUUUAUUCAUAUUGACUGUUUUAUUACUAUUUAUAUCAUGAUCACUAUGUUAAUUUAUAUCAAAAUUAUUUUGUAUGUUAGAAAAAAAAGUAAUGAACAUUUUCUAUCUAUCAAAACAACACAUUGAAAGUGGAAGCAUAUCGUUGCCAACUAAAAUGGUCUACCAAAAUUUAACGCAAAUGAAAAUUUUCCUCUUGUAUCUAGGACGCAGAGAGCCGUUUUAUGACUACCAUUUCAUGUUUAAGUGAAAUUCUGCUUAUGUCAGUGCUAGGGGAAUGGACGGUAGUUUGCGUUUGACAGUACCGUCCAUGAACAGGCUCAAUCAAACCGAGCAUGCAGCAUAUUCAAUUUUGCCGUGUUGGGCUUUCUUUAGGGAUUCGUAUUUUCGUAUUUUCUCUAUUUUUAGAAAAAAAAUGUUUAAGUCAUGAUUCCUUACGUCAAGUAAUUUUACAUUGAUUAAAAUAACAAUGCAAGUAUAAAUCUCAUAAUACAUGCGAAUGUAGGAUUUUAUGACUUUAUUCAUAUCAUAUCGCAUACUUAAUGCUUCAGUCUCGGGGUUUGUUUAAAUUAAUUAUAAACAAGGAAAAUAUAGUAAAUAAGUGUGCCUUUACAAUAGUUAAUCAUGCACACAAGUUGUAAUGCUCGUUUUGUAACAGUGUGUAAUGUAUAGAGGUGGAUUUUGAAUGAGUGGAGAUUUAAAACUUAAUUUAUUGAACGGGUGGAAUACAAUUAAUUAUAUUAUGCAAUCCUCUGUCGAGCAUAAUAUUAUUUUAUUUAACGAGUUCAAUAAAGUCAGCGAUGAACCUUAACGAAUAUAAUAUUCUAUUUAUCACAUACCCAUAAUAACGACUGUUUCAAUUCAAAAGAAUCAAUUUUCAUUGACACGCCUUGGCCUAUAAUUUAUUAUGUUUAGUCUUAACAUAAUGUUUGUAAAACGCAAAUGACGUCACGCAAAAUAUAUGCACGGACUUGCAAUACCAUUUUCAGGGUGUCGGAAAAUUGGCACGGGUAUAUGAUAAACGAUGGUUAUAUAACUCUGUAUCGUUAUAUUUUUUAUAUUGGUAUAUGACGCACACCGUAAUAUUGAUGAGAAAUCGGUUUAUCUAACGAAUAUUGUUUGAAAGUGCAUUAAGAUAUAUAUUUGCUAAUUGCCGACUGGAAAAUAAUUAUUAAUAUUUUAAUUAAAAUAAUUACAGAAAACCUGGAAUGAAAGGAAUGUGGUAGUGUAUUUUAUGGCAUGCGUGGAAUCAUCAUUUAACCAACUCAGAUAGCUGGAGAAUAGCGCGACCCUGUACAUUUCAAUCUAUUUUACGAAGAAUAUUAAUGUAUAGUAACCUACAUAGAUACAAAGAUUAUAAAUCGUUCAUGAUACACCCAUAACAAAUGGUCACGAAAACAGCAUAACUUUAAAUUAUUUUAAAAUUUCAAUUGAAUUGGCAUACAAUAUAUUGUUUUAGACCUACAUCAAAAGGAAUAUCAAGCUCCAAAGAAACGAAAAAAUAGCCCUUUUAUGUUAAAAACCCUUAGCUGGAGUGUCUUUUAUGAAUCUAAAUAUGUCAGCAUUUUUCGGGUUGUAUUGUAAUAAAUCAAAUGGCACUCUCACAUCCUAUUUUGACAAUUCUCGUAUAACAUUGCUUUAUAGAUUCAUGCCACGUGAAAGAGUUUUAUCUUCUAUGAAGUCACUGUUACAUGACACUUCCUAUAAAAUGUACAUUAGGUCGGAAAUCUAAAAAUAAGGCACACAUACACAUAUUGUAGCUGACAUAGUUUACUGUUGUUUUUUAUAUUUUCUAAAACGACUACCUGCUUAUCCUACUCAUUUAGAGACACUGUUAAUAUGUAAAUAUUUGGCCAAAGUUAAAUGAAUACAUUAAUAGUAUAUGAUUAUUCAGUCCAAUGAACAAAGUUUGUAAGGUAACUUGAAAUGUACAGUUAGUUAGUUGACAAACGUGUUUACUUAUACUAUGUUGAAGUUAACUAUUUUGACAUUUUAAUGCAACGGCACUAACACAUUGCUAUUCUUUUACAUUUUGCAAGAUUAAAUGGUUUUGUACUUGAAUCUUCAUUAAAAUGUUUGAUAGGAAACAAA